AUGGGUAUCAUUUACUUCCUGCUCGUUACGGCAAGUCUACUCUCAAGCUACAAUGCUAAUGCCGCCAUCUUAGGCGAUGACCAAACAAGGAUGUACACAGUGGCUUCAACGGACGCUGCGGCGCUAGUCCGCGUUGUCGAUACCAGGAACGUCAAGAGGCUUUUGCGAAUCAACCACGAGGGCGAGGAUGAUGAAGAAGAGAUAGUGAACAAUCCGUGGGAGACGAAUCUAUACAACUCGAAGAAUGGAGAACUAAGUGGGCUACGAAAAAUCAAUUUGUUAUUCAAGGAAGGAAAAACACCGGCCCAGGUCUGGUAUAAGCUAUCUGGGCUGGGUGCUGGCAUGAUACAAAAGAACGGGAUGAAAUUCAACCUGUUUUUUUUACAAAGUAUAACGCUGUGCAUCCCCGCAACCCUGGCGAGUCAAGAUGAGGUUCUAGCUAUUUCACAUAGCUUAAACAUUACUUAA